GUCGGCGCAAGGAGAGGAGGCUCGGCGUGUGGCGUAUCUUUGUUGCCGUGCCGCGGCUUUUUGCUUUUCCCCAAUAUCCGAAAGUUAGCUCUGUAUUUUCGUCUAACCUGCUCGAAAUUCUGUACAAUUUUCGUGUGCAAUUGGGUUGUUCAACAGUUUAAUUUUAAACCAUAUCAUAAUAGACGCCAAUUGUGCGCGUCCGCCGCCAGUGCGGCUGCCAUAGUAAAAAGAAAGGUGACCCUCGGAGGUGUGGCAAUAAAACAUGGAGAUUUUCGAAGGAGAAAAGCCGGAGGAAGAAUUGGCCAUGGUGUCCCCGCAAGAGGCUGCUACUGCGUCACCAUCUCUGAUGGAUGUCGAUGCGGACGUUGAGUUAGCCGUUGUGGCUCCCCAAGAAGAAGAACAACAACAAGAGGAAGAAACUGGCUCUGCGUCACCGCCUGCUCCUGAAGCUCCUGAAGAAAAAGAAAACAAACCAGAUCAGCCCAACGACGAGGAGCCGGAAAAAGGCUCCCCAUGCGAACAGCCAUUUGAAUUUUCCUCACCAUCACUGCUUAUGCUGGCAUUAAAAGCUGCACCCCUGGAGGCUGCUUUUAUUACGGAUGACGAGAGUGACGAAGUUUUUGAAGGCUUUGGUGAUUCUGUCGAGCCAAAUGAAGCAGAAUCAAAGGCACUGGAGGCCAUGAAGGAAGAAAUAAAAGCGGAAGAAGCAGCUCUAGAUUCUUUGUACGAGUCUGAAGAAUCAGAAUCCCUUCCAGGAUCACCUGGUGAAUUAGUGAUUGCUGACUCCAGUGAAGAACCCCUUUCUCCCCUAGAAAUCGGAAACAGAAAUCGUCGUGCCACAUCAAUUGCUUCAACUGCAGAUUCGGUGGUUUCGGGUGGCAGCACAGCGUCUAGUCGCACUCGCAAAUUCGAUCCAACACUCCCCAUUUACCAGAAACCGUUCCAGCACGGUUUUGCAAGGGAGGUCGUCUACCGCAGCACUUUUGACUUAUCCAAAGCAUCUAGUUAUGCUGACAUCUACUAUUUUACUCCUCACGGAAAGAAACUCAGGUCAUCGAUUGACGUGUCCAAAUAUUUGGCGGACAAUUCAAUUCCAAUUCCCGUGGAAUCAUUCAGUUUUGCGAGAGAGCCUCUUGGUUUGAACGAUCCUAAGAAAGAAAUCAUCCGAAAUGCAAGAGUGAAGCACUCUCCAACGCCCCCUCCUCCACCACCUCCAAAGGCUAAACGCCCUGCAGUGCCUACACCAGAGCCCAAAAAGAGUGGGUUGCCCAAUGUGAAUGGAAGUUCGGGAAGUAGGCCCCCGAAGAGAGCUCGCAAGAGUACCUUCCAAGACCCUGUAUGGAUUACAGCUGAAGCAAAGAACAAGUUGGCGCCGUGCGGAAUCCGUUGCAUUAAAGCACCAGGCCAAGUACCAAGCCUGCAGUGCAGCUCUUGCGUGUGUCUCUACCACCCUGUGUGUGUUGGUCUUACUCAGCUUGACUCGAGAAUUUUAAUGGGAUACAUCUGCAACAAUUGCAGACAAGAAAAGACUGCUCCCCCGAAGCCGGUGAAAGUCAGUAAUGUUCAACAAGUAAAGAAAGAGCCGCAGGUUGAAGGACCGCCGCAGUCUUUGGUAACCCUUCAGGGUCGGCAGUAUGUUGUUGUGCCCAAAUCGAUCAGCAAACCUCCUCCUCCGGAAAACCACGAACCCAGUGGAGUUCCGGCAGAGCCCACCAGAGGAGCUUCCACUGCAGCAAGUCGGCCCGAAAUUAAAAAGGAAUUUUCAAGGAGAGAAACUGUCAUUUCCAAUUUUUCGAGCGACUUGAAUGCACGUGUCGGCGCCCUGCUUCAAGUUUUCAGUUACCUAACUGUAAAAGAGCUUCUUCGAGCCAGCAGGGUCUGUUCAUCUUGGCGGCUGAUAGCAGAGAGUAGAUUAUUGUGGAGGAGUUUGCGCCUAAAAAAUUCAGGUGUUAGUUCAUGGAGUGACUGUGUCCAGUGGCUCAACUGCCACAAGACGGAGGCUGUAGAUUUGAGAAAGAUGAUGGUGCCAGAACGAAAUCCUGUCGCCGCUUGGAACGAAGCCGCAAGUUCUUUGGGUCAAGUCACUUCACUCAAAGCAAUAGAAUUAGGCCGUUGUUCUCCUGCAACCGUUGCACUAGUUGCUGACCGUUGCCCCAGACUGACAGGACUAUCAGCUUCUUCACUUACAUCUUCUGACGACAUGUUGGAUUUGAAAUCAUUAAGUGGAAUGUCGCAGUUGCAGCGAUUGAGGCUACGAGGUGCUUACUCCUUGAGAGUGGAAAACCUCACCUAUCUACAAUACCUGUCCAACCUGACCUGCUUGUCUGUGACAUCAGUGAAAGGACUUCCAGGUAUGGACAUUGCUGUUGUCCUAAACGGGCUGCCAGGGUUGGAACUUCUGGAGUUGGGCGAGUGCUAUGAAAUGGUGCAACACGCUGAAAUCCUCACUGAAGUCCUAGCAAAGCUGCAGUGCUUAAAGAGGUUGCGUUUGGAGUUCCUCGUCACCCAAAAGCCACAUCAUGAAUCUGAACUGCUGGUUACUUUUUUCGAAAGCCUCACAGCUCUGCCUCAUUUGCAACACCUCGAACUGGUGCACAUUGAGGCACCCCCUGGCUGUGACCUACAGAUUGCAAGGCUUUCUGCCCUUCGGUCAUUGCUCCUUGUGCCCAGCUUUACUCAUAUGGGUUCGGUGACCUGCCAAGUCCUUCUUCAAGGUGUGUUCCAGCUGCAAAGGCUGGAGCAACUUGUGAUUGGCCUGACGCCAUCCAUUUGCGAGACAGCACAAAAGUUGUACCUUCAGAAGGCAGGUCGCAUGUCACCUCAACGUGCACCUCCACCUCAGCCUCACGACGACUGUUUGCCAGUGGCAAUUCCCAUUCCCUCAUCAAACGCCUUGCCCAAGACCGAGUUUGACCUGAAGCCCCCUCUUAACAAGUUGGACUCCAUGGAGAUCCUUCCAGCCUGGCACUUGCGAAACCUUCUGAAAGAGGGUUUGCCGGGAACUAAAGUUGAUGUCCGUCGACUUCCCCACCCAGCCCGCUAUUCGCUUGACGAAUGGCCCUUGCUCUAGUGAUACACAACCCCCAAGCUGUCCCAAAGUAAGUAUUUUUUUUCAGCACAUUUUUUUUAAUUGUUGCUCUUGUAUUUCCUUUAUACUCCCUGAAAGCUGUAAGCUUGAGUAAACUUGUUAAUUAAGGAUCAAUCAUCAGCUUUUAUAAUUUAUUUGGUCAUUUGUCGAUAAUUGUUUAAAAUUAUGUUUGAAUCACUUUCUUAUCUGUGAAAAGAAAAUGGUGGAGACUUGUUUGGAAUUUUUAAAAUCUGCACCUGUAUAGUAAACAAUAAUAAAUAUAAAUCAUAACUUAAUAAU